AGCCUCUGUAACUCAAGAUGGCGGCAAGACUGUCAUUUCUUGUGCUCCUUUAUCUAGCUGUAUUUUCACAAUUUAUAGCGGCACAAACUGGAAGAUCUUUUGAUAAGUUCCUCAAGAGUGAUCACACUAACAACUGGGCUGUAUUGGUAUGUACCUCGCGGUUUUGGUUCAACUACCGACACGUGGCUAACGUUCUUUCCAUGUAUAGAAGUGUUAAGCGGCUCGGAAUCCCAGACAGUCAUAUUAUUGUUAUGCUUGCUGAUGAUAUGGCUUGCAAUGCCCGAAACCCAAGACCAGGAACAGUGUUCAACAAUGCAAACCAGCAUAUUAAUGUAUAUGGUGAUGAUAUUGAAGUUGAUUACAGAGGAUAUGAGGUCACAGUAGAAAAUUUCAUAAGAAUAUUGACAGGUCGUUUGCCAUCCAGAGUACCAAGAUCUAAGAGACUUCUCUCUGAUGAGAGAAGCAACAUUCUUGUAUACAUGACAGGUCAUGGUGGUGACGGCUUUCUCAAGUUUCAAGAUGCUGAGGAGAUAACUAGUAUUGAGCUGGCAGAUGCCUUUGAGCAAAUGUGGCAGAAAAGACGGUAUAAUGAAGUCUUCUUGAUUGUGGAUACCUGUCAAGCGUACUCCAUGACUCAGAAAUUGUACUCACCCAACAUUCUAGCUGUUGGCAGCAGUUUAGUAGGAGAGGACUCACUUUCUCAUCACGAAGACCCUGCCAUUGGAGUGCAUGUGAUUGACAGAUAUACAUAUUAUGUGCUUCAAUUCUUGGAAGGUGUGAAGCCCAACAGCAAGGCCACUGUGGGAGAGUUGUUCAAAUAUACCACACCAGCUCUGGUAAUAUCUACUCCAGGAGUGAGAUCUGAUUUGUUUAAGAGAGACCCUAAAAAGGUUCUAGUCACUGACUUCUUUGGCAGUGUUCAUAGCAUCGAAAUGACUAAUUCUACAACCUUUGAUCUCGUGGAGGACACAUCAUGCAGGGGAGAUCAUUGUUCAGGAUCCCAGUCAGAUGAAAGACAUCAAACUUCAGAGAAACGCAUUCUUCAUGAGCAGUUUCCAAACCCACAAAAGAAGGUAUAUUGUGUUUCUAUGUCUUGAUUGUCCUGAGUGAAAUUUGUGAUUUUGUUUGAACAGUUUAUUG